AGUCGACAGAAUCUUUCUCCCAAACUCAUCUGUUUUUUCCCCCCGUCUCUAUUUAAUGGAUAUAGAUAAAUGAGUACGGGACAUCUUGGCCGCUUAAUAUUAAACCAGUGCCAAUACUCCCAGCAAAGACAUCAUGCCUGGCGAAGACAAGAUAUCUCAACAAACCCGCCAAAGGAAAAAGAACAAAAAGUCCCGGUCCAAAGGAAAGGCCCCUGGUGCAGGUCCCAAUGCAGAUCUGACUGGUACCUUGAAAGGACACGAUGAGCUCACCGUACCCCCCAUCCUUAAACCGUUUCCAAAAAAAACAUCCGAGACGAGGACCAGAGUAGCGGUAGCCAAAGUUGAAGAGGAGUCAUCCCGAGCAAUAUGUCUGCAGGUUCUUUUUCCAUACCUGCUGGCUGGAAUGGGAAUGGUGAUGGCUGGGAUGGUGCUAGAUAAUAUACAGCACUGGGAUGUGUUCAAGGUCAUUACAGAGGUGUUUAUCCUGGUACCUGCGCUGGUUGGACUCAAAGGAAACCUGGAGAUGACCCUGGCUGCUCGCCUCUCCACUGCGGCCAAUACAGGACAAAUGGAUGACCCAAAUAAACAAUGGGCCAUGGUGUGCUGCAAUCUUGCACUAAUACAGGUUCAGGCUACUGUUGUGGGCUUCCUUGCGGCUGUUGCGGCUGUGUGUUUAGGAGCAAUUUCCAGAGGAGGGGUUGAAUUUAACCAGGCAGCUGUUCUGUGUGCUAGUAGCAUCGUCACUGCAUUUGUAGCUGCUCUCGCUUUAGGCUUGUUGAUGAUUGGAGUGAUCAUCUGGUCCAGGAAGGUAGGAAUCAACCCAGAUAAUGUGGCCACCCCUAUCGCUGCCAGUUUGGGCGAUUUGAUCACCCUUUCCCUGCUGGCUGGUGUUAGCAGUACCCUCUAUAAACAUAUAGAUACAUGGUACCUUUCCCCCUUGGUGUGUCUGGUCUUCCUGGCUCUGAUCCCACUCUGGGUUGUGGUGGCCCGCCAGAACCCUCAGAGCAGGGAUGUUCUCUACUCAGGGUGGCAGCCUGUUUUAGUUGCCAUGUGUAUUAGCAGUCUUGGGGGUGUAAUCCUGGACAAGACAGUCAGUAAUUCCAAUUUUGAGGGGAUGGCUGUUUUUACACCAGUUAUAAAUGGAGCUGGUGGAAAUUUAGUAGCCAUCCAGGCCAGCAGACUGUCGACCUACUUGCACCUCUGGAGCAUCCCGGGAGUGUUGCCCUACAAGAUGAGGCAGCAUUGGCCUAAUGCCUAUAUAACAUUCUUUUCCUCAGGUUUGAACUCCAAGUCAGCACGGGUGCUGGUGAUGCUGGUCAUGCCCGGUCACCUGGUCUUCCUCUACGCAAUCUCUCUCUUGCAGGGAGAUGAGAUAACAAUCACUUUAGCCUUUGGUGCCUGCUAUUUGUGUGCUGCUCUGCUGCAGGUGGCCAUCUUACUUUAUGCGGCCGACCUCAUCGUUCGUAUGAUGUGGCGGCGUUCCCUGGACCCUGACAACUUCUCCAUCCCAUACCUGACUGCCCUGGGAGACCUGCUUGGCACCGGCUUUCUGGCCCUGUGCUACCGUGUGUCAUUGGUUCACAGUCAGCAGCUCUGAAUCUGCUCCUUUUUGUUUCCUUCUGUUACUUUGCAUACGCACAGAAGGAAAAUAUAAUAAACACAGAUGGAAGGAAAUACUACACAGGUGAAAUACCUGUAUUUACAGCACAUCUAUGGAUCAUGGAAAUGGGACCUCCCUGUAUUGCAACGUUCAGAGAGAUGCUUUUUCUUCCAUUCAUAAGCCUUCUUCCUUCACUCUGUCUUUGACACAAAACGAGUUGGGGGUGAUACAUGGGGGUGUCCUGGUCAACACCUCUGCUGAGUUUCAUGUAUUUGACCACAUGAUGACAGCACAUCAACUGUGAGUAUGAAUUCAUCAACCUUCCUCAAUUUGUUUGGAACUCACUAAGCCGCAUAUCUGCUUGAGGUCAGAUCAUGUUGCCGGCUGGAACUCCUUUUUAAUGUUAUUUAUAUUUUGAAAAUAUUUUAAAAGAAGGGAUUAAUGGUGCCGUUUUUUUGUCAGUCCUGUUUUUAGUGUUUGUUGCAUGAUGUUUUCACUAGAGAGCACUCUUGACUCCCCUAUUGGACCACAGUGGACAGAGCAGUAAAGACAAUAUUAAACUAAACUACAUCAAUAACACCUUUUUACCUAAAAAAACUCUAAAAGCAAGUGGUUUGCCUGUUUUUACUCCAAUAUGACAUCAGCCAUCUCCCAUAUGCUCAACAACACAAGUGAAUCUGCGUUAAUUUGUCAAGCAACUAGAUCAAAUCCAGCAAGUAAGAACCAGUUAAUGGAUUGCUAAAUCUUUGCAAAAAAUAUAUAUAGACCUCAGAAGAUAAAUAUAUAGACCUCACUGACAUCACUCACAAGUCUCUAGAUAGUAAAGAUAGAGACUAUUUUAAAAAAGAAGUAAAAAUUGUUAUUUACCUCAGGGUUUGUACCAGAAUCUCAUCUUAAAAGUUUUAAUAUUCUGGUUAAUUUAGACACAGACAUUCUCACAUCAAUCAAUGUUUUAUAUAUAUAUAUAUAUGUAGAGAGAGAGAGAGAGAGAGAGAGAAAUCGUUUGGCUAGGUUCUACACUGUUACUUUAUUUAUUUAACUACAUUUAUUGUUUAACCCAGUUAGCUCAGCAUCUGUUGACUAUCCCCAUAUGGUUUUUAAACCUAAAUUGAACAAAUAAUGCAGCCACUAUUGUUAAAGAAAUUCACUUUAUUAUUAUCUUAAAUAUCUUCUUUUUUAAUAGAUAGAAAUUUGACAAGUAGAGCACAGAAAACGAAAUCAAUCAAAAAAUUCAAAACGAUGAUUUAAAAAAAAAUACAUUAUGAAUGGGUCUGAGUGUCCGUCUUCUACCAAGAAUCUACUGCAUUCUGUAACGACAAGAGGCCAACAGUAGCCAGUGCAAAAAUACCCCAAAAAACACCUGAUACUGUACGGCGGCAUUGUAGUUACCACAUCAACCUCACAGUUCUGAGGACCGGGGUUCAAAUCCCGGCUCCGCCGAGGGAACGCCCUGGAAUGGUCGGUAGCUAAUCGCAGUACACAUAUUGUAUCGACAAACAACCAUUCACACUCACAUUUACAGCUAUGGGCUAGAGUCUUCAAUUAACCUACCGAUGUGGGAGGAAACCGGAGUAUCCGGAGAAAACCCAUGCAGCCACAGGGAGAACAUGCAAACUUCACUAAUGCAAGGCCGGGAUUUGAACCCCGCCUCAGUUCACUCCCCACCCCCUUGCAUUCUGCCCAAAGAAACACCGCUAGCUUACUAACAUUGCUGUGCACUACUAGGCUACUACACUGCUAGUAUGACUUAUUCACAGGGGUUCACAUAAGUGGUGAAGUCGGUGGAUCAUGGAAAAAAUUAGCACCAGGCAACAACCUCCAAUGCUUAACCAGACCAAAAUUGUUAUGUGCACCCUUGCUUAUUCAUGAAGAUGGAGUACAGCCAAACGCAAAAUGUUACUGGUUUGAUGAUGUAUUUCUUGGAAUGUACAAUCAAUUUAAAAUACAAGAGGUGAUCCACUUACCUGACGACCCGAUGAGAAGCGUGAAGUAUGCGGUUAUUCUCCAAGCCCAACCUUGCAGCCGUCCACAUAUAGGACAUCACUGUUACAAGUUUACCCUUGAUUUGUUUCGAGAGCUCUCAAAUUCCUUCUUUUUAGCUUUUGUUGCUAACCGGAGUUAAAUAAUCAAGGCAAGAAACCAUAAUAGUCUGCUGUGUGUCUCCGCAAGGAUGCGUGUGCAUGGUGUGCGUUUGCAAAUGAUUGACAACACCCCUCGGUCACGCCUUCUGCCUCUACAGUCUCUGAUUGGCUAUUUUUUGUCACGUAGUGACAAGUUUUAAAACAAUAAUUGAAUUACAUAAGAGAGGGAUGAUUUUUCUAAAGAUAAUUUUAACUAUAUUCUACUUUCAGGUCAUACAGACAGUUCUAACACGUGACAAAAAGCAUUUGUUAUUGUUUUUUACAGCAAACGGUACCUUUAUUUCAAUAUAGAACAAUGUAUUUUUCUAUAUGCAGUAUGUAAUAUUAAAUACAUUAUUACAUUAUGAAUUAUUUGAAGUAUAACUUCUAUUUGGGAAAACUGAAAAUACAUCAUUAAUAUGAUAAAGAAAUUAUUAUAUAAAGGUCUUUCUCUCUAAAUAAACCACUUACUUCUAAUAAACACCUGGUACUCUGCAGUUUAAACAGUGCUUGCCACUAUUUGAGGAAAUGCUCAUUCAUUUUUUUCUUUCUUUGGUAGUUUAUAAUUAUUUUACUACUGUGUACCCUCGUGAGCACGCCCACAUGUAUUACACAUGAAUGGCCUUUUAUUACAAAUUGUACGGUACUUUGUCACCUCAGCAUGCACAUAUGUUAUGUGUACUCGCAGAAGAAUGUGUACGAUCAAAAUGUUAUGGUCACAUUCGUGGUAUUUGUGGAUUUUUGUGAUUAUAUUUCAAUAAAAACAAACAGUGGAAUUGAAAUUAUUUUGGCACAGCGUCUUGUGAAAACUGCAGGAUUUGACCUUUUUUGCCAUCAAUGUCAGGUGCUAAAUCAUGAGAAUAACAGGAAAACACAAUUUGACUCCUUCGAACACUUUACAAAUAAAGUUA